AUGGGUUCAGGUCCUGAUCUGAGAAUUGUGAUAAUUGGAAGAACUGGUGUGGGCAAGAGUGCUUCUGGAAACACCAUCCUGGGAGAGAAGCGCUUCAGAUCCUGUCCCUCCUCUGUGUCACUGACUGAGCGCUGUGAAAAAGCUGUGACACGCUGGGGUGACCGAUUGAUUAGUGUGGUAGACACACCAGGGAUCCUGGACACGAAAUCUGCAGAAUUCAUCAAAGAAGAAAUUGUGAGAUGUGUCAAAGUCUCAUGUCCUGGUCCUCAUGUGUUCCUGCUGGUCAUCCAAGUUGGUCGAUUCACCACUGAUGAGAAAAACUUAGUGGAAGCCCUGCAAGAGCUGUUUGGUCCAGAAGCAAACCAGUUCAUGAUCGUGCUGUUUACCCGUGGUGGUGAUCUCGGAUACACGACCAUACAAGAGUAUAUACGUGACACUAACCCAGACCUCCAACGAGUCAUCCAGAGCUGUGGAAACAGGUUCCACGUCUUUGAAAACACCAACAAAAGAGACAGAAACCAAGUGGUGGAGCUGAUCAAGAAGAUUGAUGACAUGGUUGCUGUAAACGGGGGAACAUACUACACAGAUGAAAUGUAUCAAGAAGCUCAGGCUGCUAAAUGUGAGAGAAGAAGUAUUUUACAUUCAUGGUUCGCUGGAACUUGUUAA